AUGCCUCAGUCAGCCUCCGAGGUACGGGAUCAACAGCUUUUGCAGCAAUUGCUGAACCAGGUUCAACUGAACCCCACGAAAGAUCGCUGGGAGUGGGUGCUGAAUGCAUCGGGAAAUUUCACGGUCCGUAGUGUCAAAGGCUGGCUUCAAGUACAACACAGAGAGGUUCCGGAACAGGUCUUUGUAUGGAACAAUUGGACGCCUAAAAAGGUCGGUGUGGUUGGGUGGAGAGCUUUAGUCGAUAGACUUCCAACGAAGGUGGCAAUCAGCAUCCGUGGCAUCCAACUGCAAUCAACCUGCUGCGUUUUUUGCAAUGAUUUUCCCGAAACCUGCGAGCACAUUUUCACAUCAUGUCAAUUCGCUCAAACCGUUUGGUUCAUAAUUACGCAAUGGUGUAAAAUCCCGAACGCUUUCAUCUUCAGUCUAAAGGACUUGCUGGAAUACCACAACCUUCAAGGAUCUGCGAAGAAGAAAAAAGCUUUGUAUGCGGUGUCACUUGUAUACCUUUGGAGCGUUUGGCGAAUGAGAAACAAUAUGGUAUUCAACCAAGGUCAGGUAUCGGUGCAGAAGGUUGUUGAGGAGAUCAAGAACAUGAGCUUCUUAUGGGUUAAAAACCGAUCAAAGGAGGUGGGACUAACUUGGGAGGCCUGGUGUAAAUUCGAAGUAUUCCCAGUUUAG